GCGAGCGGCGGGAGCGCAGCGCAGGGAGCGGACGGACCGGGAGCCGCGGCGGGAGGAUGAGGCUGCGCGGGCUGUGGGUGCUGCUGCUCCUGCUGGGGCUGGCUCAGAUCGCACUCCUGGCGCGGAGCGCGGCGGCGCAGGAGGAGGAUGGCGACGGAGAAUCUGUUACAAAAGAAGCUGAUGAUGAAGGUGAUGAUGAUGAUGAUGAUGAAGAAGAUGACGAAGAGGACGAUGAUUCUGUAGUUAAAGAAGAAAAUGGUGUAUUAGUCUUGAAUGAUGCAAACUUUGACACCUUCACUGCAGACAAGGACACUGUGCUGCUGGAGUUCUACGCACCAUGGUGUGGGCACUGCAAACAGUUUGCUCCUGAGUAUGAGAAGAUAGCCAAAACUCUGAAGGAAAAUGACCCUCCUAUUCCAGUAGCCAAAAUAGAUGCUACUGCAGCCACUUCACUGUCAAGUCGUUUUGAUGUCAGUGGCUACCCAACCAUCAAAAUCCUGAAAAAAGGCCAAGCUGUUGACUAUGAUGGGUCUCGGACAGAAGAUGCUAUUGUGGCCAAAGUCAAGGAGGUUUCUGACCCCAACUGGACCCCUCCACCCGAAGCUACUCUGGUAUUGACCCAGGAUAAUUUUGAUGAAGUUGUGAAUGACGCUGACAUAAUCCUUGUAGAGUUCUAUGCUCCAUGGUGUGGACACUGCAAGAGGCUUGCUCCAGAAUAUGAGAAGGCAGCCCAGGAGCUCAGCAAGCGCACGCCUCCCAUCCCCCUGGCUAAAGUCGACGCCACGGCUGAGACGGAGCUUGCAAAGAAGUUUGAUGUUACUGGCUACCCAACUCUCAAAAUCUUCCGCAAGGGCAAACCUUACGACUACAGUGGUCCGCGGGAAAAAUACGGUAUUGUCGACUACAUGAUUGAGCAGGCUGGUCCUCCAUCCAAACAGAUUCAGGCUACCAAGCAGGUACAAGAAUUUCUGAGGGAUGGGGAUGAUGUCAUCAUCAUUGGUGUCUUUAGUGGAGAGAAUGACAAAACCUAUCAGCUGUAUCAGGAAGCAGCUAAUGGUUUGAGAGAAGAUUAUAAAUUCCAUCACACCUUCAGCAAUGAGAUUGCAAAAUUAUUGAAAGUUUCUCCAGGGAAACUGGUUGUCAUGCAGCCCGAAAAAUUUCAGUCGAAGCACGAGCCCAAGAUGCACGUUCUGAAUCUUAAAGACUCUAGAGAUGGAUCAGAGAUUAAAGAGCACGUGCUAAAACAUGCUUUGCCUCUAGUUGGUCAUCGCAAGCCUUCCAACGAUGGCAAGAGAUACUCCAAGCGUCCUCUGGUGGUUGUCUACUACUCUGUGGACUUCAGUUUCGACUACCGUGUUGCUACUCAGUAUUGGAGAAGCAAAGUCCUGGAAGUGGCUAAAGACUUCCCUGAAUACGUGUUUGCUGUUUCUGAUGAGGAAGAUUAUUCUUCUGAAAUAAAAGAUUUGGGCCUGCUUGAGAGUGGAGAGGAUGUCAACGCUGCCAUUCUGGAUGAAGGUGGCAAGAAGUAUGCCAUGGAGCCCGAAGAGUUUGACUCUGAUGUACUCAGGCAGUUUGUGGUGGCUUUCAAAAAAGGAAAACUGAAGCCAAUUGUGAAGUCCCAGCCAGUGCCAAAAAAUAACAAAGGGCCUGUGAAAGUGGUAGUGGGUAAAACUUUUGAUACCAUAGUGAUGGAUCCAAAGAAUGAUGUUCUCAUAGAGUUCUAUGCCCCAUGGUGUGGACACUGCAAGAAACUAGAACCAGUGUAUAAUGAGCUAGGCAAAAAAUACAAGAAUGAGAAAAAUCUGAUUAUAGCCAAGAUGGAUGCUACUGCCAACGAUGUGACGAAUGACCGCUACAAAGUGGAGGGAUUCCCCACCAUCUACUUUGCUCCAAAGGACAAGAAGAACAACCCAAUUAAAUUUGAAGGCGGGGACAGAGAUUUAGAGCAUUUGAGCAAAUUUAUAGAGGAGCAUGCAACAAAACUCUCCAGAACAAAAGAAGAGCUUUAGAUAAGCUGAGGGUGGAGAAGAAAAGUUGUUUGUACAAUGUAGUUAAAAUCAAGUUACUGACAAAACUUGGUGAGAGAAGAAUUAAGCAGUUUUGAGCAAAGAGAUUCUUGAGCAGUAAAGCAAUUUCAGUAUCUUUUUUUUUAUAUGGCAGAUGAGUUUUUUCCUGGACACUGAACUUAAUACUCUAAUAUGAAUGUCUUAUGUUAGUUACGGUUUUGAUCUUUGGAGAAAAAUACAUCCUUUAUUUUUUGUGACUA